GUUUUGGCUUGGUUUGAAGAAGGUGAAGAAACAAUUACAGCCUUUGUAGAACCCUUUGUAAUUUUACUUAUAUUAGUAGCCAAUGCCAUUGUGGGUGUCUGGCAGGAUACAGACCUAAUGACAUUCAACAUUUCUGUACAUCGGUCAUGGUGGCGGGAACAUGGGCCUGGUUGUGUCCGAAGAGUGCUGCCUCCAUCAGCCCACGGCAUGAUGAAUGAUUACACGUACGUCUCUGUCACAGGCUGCAUCGUCGACUUCCAGUACCUGGAGGUCAUCCACAGUGCCAUCCAAAUCCUACUUUCUUUGGUUGGUUUUGUGUAUGCCUGUUAUGUGAUCAGUAUUUUCAUGGAAGAAGAGGAUACCUUUGAUUUCAUAGGUGGACUUGAUGCACACUCCUACUACCAGGAUCAUGUUCAGUUAAAGCCUGUUAACCUGUCGAAAUAAGUAAUGGCAUCAACUCUGAAAUGCAAGUGCUGAACUUGACUUAGGAAGCAAAGAGUCAUUGACAGCUCCUCUCUGCAUCAACAUGUCUCACUUUCUCCCAGAGGAUGGAUGCGCCUCCCUGCUUUCCCACAGAUCACGGAGUUCUUCGGUCACAGCCUGUGUGUUAUUAGCAUUGUGCACUAGAUGAGUUGUAGGUGCUUGGGUGGGUAUUUUUUAGUCAUUUUCUUCUUAUAUGAAUACUUGUAAGUUGUAAAAAAAAUUGGUUUUAAAUUUUUUUAACAGAAUUUAACAUUAGGCAUGCAGAAUGGGAAAAAAUGCUGUGAAAACCUACAGACAAUUCCAUGAGAAACAUUGGUUUGUAUUAUUGAGGUGGUACGUCAGGACUGCUGAUGGCUGCACUUAUCCUAGACCUGAUGGAGUUUGCACUAGCAGACAUUACUUGGAGUUACUAGACAGGAAGUUAGAUGCUCUGAUAAAUGGGUACAAAUAGUGGACCUGGCUUUCACACUGAGUAUGGAUCAUUUUUUUCAACACCACAAGUCAAAACAUAGAGCUCUCCUUUGUUUUCGACUUCCCAAAGCCCAGAAUAAUAUUAUGGCAAUCUAAA